AUGGAGUCGCCUGCCACGACUCCCAGUAUCCAGUCGAGCUCUUCUGCGGGAAGAUUGCCUGAGAAGGAGAAAGAUGCGCAGUCGGACAGGAAGACGCCAACCAAAGGGCGGAAAAGACACCGUAGAUCCGGUGAAAACUGGACACGGUCUGGCUGCUUAACAUGCAAGAAAAGAAGAAAGAAAUGCGAUGAAACACGACCUAGAUUAGGCCGUCCGUGCGAGGGCUACGGCACCAUCUGGACUGAGCCACUUAAUCCGUUUACUAAUGUAUUUCAGAAACAGACAAGCAGGAAAAGGCGAAAGCUUAGUUCUGCGUCUGCAGAAGGCCAUGGAGUAGUCCAGGUCGAGGCGGGCAGCAAAGAUGUGAUAUCGAGUCCAUACACGCCUGGUCAUGUUGCUGACUAUGCAUUUCCAACUACUCCUGGGUCAGAUGUCACCGGCUCCGAUGCAGGAACAGAAAAUGGAACCCCAUAUCCUGAAAUUGACUUCAUCCUCCCGAAUCUUUUUGGGCCCCCGAGCCAUCUGUCCAGUCCUGAGAUGUAUUACCUCCAAUAUCACACGGAGAGGGGAUCCAAGUUGUUGACAAAUCUGGAGAUGGAGGAAAACCCCUUACGGGCAAUCAUCAUCCCUAGGGCAUUGUCCUCCCCGCUGGUCAUGGAUGCGCUCUGCGCUGUCUCUGCCAUUCACAUGUCAAAUUGGGCGCUACAUCGUGAUGCCGGUUCCCAGACAGCAGCAAUGCAGUAUUACGGUCGAACCAUCAGCAGACUCAGAAAGGUUCUCAGUGAUCCGGACGCGAUCUCCUCUUGCAUAGUUACCCCUGAAGAACUCGUUCUCACCAUCGCCUGGUUGUGCAAGUACGAAGUCGUUCGAGGAAGUGUCAAGCAGUGGCGAGGCCAUCUGGAUGCAUUACAGAACGUAAUCACGUCGUGCGGUGGCUUUUCCGGACUUGACCCGGAACUAGCAGAAUUUAUCAGCGGGCUAAUAACCUACAUGCACAACAUGUCUAAAGUCACCAGCCGCAAAUACAACUCCGUCAUGGUACCGUACGGCGCACACUCUGGUGCCCGCAAACUCGACACCUAUCUAGGCUACACUGAAGAUCUCGUCGCAAUAUGCGCACGAAUUUCCAACCUGUCCUUCUUGAGUAGCAACCCUCACGCCUUGGUCCUGGAGAUCAGCGCAAUAACCAACGCUCUCGAAACAUGGACUCCGACCAGUCGGACAUACAUCAUGCCCAGGGGCAUCACACCAUCCAUCCUCUCGCGACUAGAACUAGUCGCCCUCAGUUUCCGCUACGCUGCAUUCAUAUACUUACACUCCGCCCUUGAGCGAAUGGUAUCCCAGCACCCUCAUGUCCUUUCCAUCCCUACCCUAACCAAUCUCGUCCCCAUCACGAAAGUAGACGCCAUACAGCGCUGUCUAGCACUUAUCGAAACGGCCCCUAUCGAUGAUCACUGCGAGUACUCUGCUUUCGCCUUCCCUCUGUUCAUGGCUGGAUGUGAGAGCGAAGAUGCAGCACAGCAGGCUUUCGUCUUGCAGUGUCUAGAUCAGCUAGAACAGAAUUUUGGCAUCGGGAAUGUCGGACGCGCGAAGGGACUCUUAAGACGUGUCUGGGGGUGGGAGGUUCAUGGAGACAGGCAUGAAGAAGGGAUGGAGACGGUGCGGAGACACUGGCUGGAUAUAUUAGAGGAUGCCGGCUGGGAGUUAAUCAUGGCGUAA